GCAUUGCUGGAUAGCAUCGGCCAAGGAGAUCGUCACUAUYGCUGCAUUAGCGCCAAUGACAGGUGAAUGGGACGUUGGACGYACGACUGCCGCAGCUAUUCCUAUCGCUGUAGAAGACAUCAAUAACGAUACGAGCCUCCUACCAAACCAUGAUCUUCAGUUUGUGUUCGGCAACACUAACUGUUCCUCUCUCACUGCCCUACCCAUCGUCAUGAACUUCUGGGCAGCACAGAAGCGAAACGUGGACGCGUUUAUCGGUGGUGGRUGUAAUCAUGUGUGUGAGUACAUUAGCCUACUGGCAGGAAAAUGGAACCUUCCCGUUGUGUCUUGGGGCUGUAUGUCUGGCCAUCUAUCCAACCGAAUUACAUUCCCUACCUUUGCUAGGACUGUUGGCCCUUACACUAAAAUGGAGAAGCUCCUUAAACGUCUGAUGGAACAUUUCCACUGGAAGCGCGUCGCUAUCAUCGCGUCUACCGACGACAUCUGGCAAAUUGCUGCAAAUCUGGUGAAAAUCGAGUUCGCUAAGGACGCAGCAGGGAUCACCGWGGCGCACUUCCACAGCUUUAUUCCUGGACGUCUACACGUGUUGGAAAGUCGUAUCGAUCGUCAGGCUGAUCAGAUCAAACUGGCAGCAAAACGAGCUAAAAUUUUCAUCCUGUUGUGCAGUGGUGGCGAUAUUCAAGACAUAAUGCUGAACUUUUUAGAUCUCGGGCURUUGAAUGGAAAAAAUGCUUUUAUUACGGUGCAUUUACCUAAAAGGUCAUACAUCGGUAACAACACGUGGAUGGGUAACGAUGGUCGUGAUGAUGACGCAAAGAAGGCAUACGAAGGGGUACUCAACAUCGAGCAAAAGUUUGGCACGGCUAAAACAACAGGUGACAAAGUUCAGGCUUUUCUCGAUCGAGUUCGUUUACGACUCAAAGAGGAUCCUUUCAAUAUUGAGCUGCAGGAUAAUAGCAAGAUUGAAGCAUAUGCAGGAACCAUGUACGAUGCUGUCUAUCUUUAUGCUAUCGCUCUGAAUGAGACGUUGAGCGAAGGAGGAUCAAAGAGAGACGGGUUAGUCAUCGCUAAGAAAAUGUACAAUAGAAUAUUUGAAGGUGUAGCAGGUACUGUGUACAUCGAUAACAAGGGUGACCGAGAUCCCGAUUACACCAUCCAAACUCUCAUCAACGACAAGUUUGAAGACAUAGCUUAUUAUACUCGUUACAAUGAUAACUUCACAAUAAGGCAGGGGGUGACUAUCAUCUGGCCAGGGGGGGUUCUGACACCACCAAAGGACUCCCCUGAGUGUGGAUGGAAGGGAGAGUUGUGCGAGGAAACUGGAGAUAGUACUACUUACGUCAUCAUUGCGUCAUGUACUAUUUCUGGAGUGCUGUUCGUCACCCUGGUCUUCGUGUUUGUCUACAGAAAACUUGCCUUCGAGCUUGAUCUUGCUCAGAACCAGUCAUGGAAAGUAAAGGAAGAAGAUAUCAUAUUCAGAGAGAAUCCAUAUGGUCCUUCUAUGAGAUCGCUCCAGAAUUCUCAAGGGAAGAGUAUCAGGUCAUUCAAAUCGAUUAAAAGUGCAAAGGAAGGCAGCAUGUCUCAUGUCAGUAUUAAAUCUGCCAAGUCAACUGAUACACAAUCAUCUGCACGAUGGAGUCUACACGAGCCAGUCUUCUCGUCUGUCUUCACUGCUAUCGCCAUGUACAAGGCUGAAAUGGUUGCCGUAAAAAGGAUGAAGAAAAAGGAAAUACCCAUAUCAAGAAAAAUCUUGAUUGAAGUUAAACAGGCCCGGGAACUGCGUCAUGAAUACAUAAACCCAUUCAUUGGUAUAUGUUUGGAAUCACCGCAAAUCCUGAUCUUAUCCAAAUACCUAAAGAGAGGCAGUCUACAGGAUUUAUUGGACAACGAAAAUUUCAAGCUGGAGGAGGUGUUCAUCUUAUCUCUUGUGAGAGAUGUCGCAACGGGCAUGACGGUUCUACACAGUAGUCCUGUUCAAGUACACGGUCGGCUCAAGUCCUCUAACUGCCUCAUUGACUCUCGCUGGGUUUGUAAGAUAGGAGACUGGGRUCUAGGAGAGUUAAGAUCAAGUCUUGAGAGGCUGCCAUCGCGAACAGAGGAUCAGGAGUACAMCGAUAUGUUGUGGUGCGCCCCGGAACAUGUUCACAAUGGUAAGAUGGACACCCGUGGAUCMCAGAAAGGUGACGUCUACAGCUAUGGGAUUAUCCUGCAAGAGAUUGCCAUGCGGGCUCCUCCCUACUGCAUGUGUACUAACAUGAACACUAAAGACGUGGUGAAACGUGUGACGAUACACGAGGACCCUCCCUUUAGACCUGUUGUACCUGUUGAUGCGUGUAAACCAGAAUUACGUACCCUGAUGCAGCAGUGUUGGGAUGAUGAUCCUGACAAGAGACCUCACUUCAGCAAGAUUCUGGAUAAACUAAGAAAAGUCAUGGGCAGGGAUGUGAACAUCAUGGACAACAUGAUCAACUUGAUCGAGAGACAUGCAGAUAACCUGGAAGAAUUGGUGGAAGAACGAACAAGACAACUAAUGGAGGAAAAGAAGAAGACAGACAGACUGCUCUACAAGAUGUUGCCCGCGUCUGUUGCCGAUCAACUUAAGAGAGGUAAAUCAGUGACCCCGGAGUUGUUUGAUGAAGUAACGAUCUACUUUAGUGACGUGGUGGCAUUUAUGGACCUGGCGUCCGACAGUACGCCAAUGGAGAUUGUUACCCUGCUCAAUGACCUAUACCUGGCGUUGGACAAGAUCCUCGCUAACUAUGAUGUCUACAAGGUGGAAUCUAUUGGUGACUGUCUGUUGGUCGUGUCGGGACUUCCCGUACGUAACGGUAUCCGCCAUGCGGGCGAGAUAGCUACAAUGGCGCUGGAUAUUCUCAGCUUGAUGACACACUUUAAGAUUCGUCACAGACCUCAGAUGAAGCUUCAGUUACGAGUUGGUUUGCAUAGCGGUCCAUGUGUGUCGGCUGUUGUUGGGAUCCACAUGCCACGGUUUUGUCUAUUUGGUGACACAGUCAAUGUUGCUUCUCGAAUGGAAACCACAGGCCAAGCCCUAAAGAUUCACGUCAGUGAGAAUUGCUACAAUAUCCUGAAGGAAAUCGGUGGUUACAUCUUCGAGAAGAGAGGCGACGUUUAUAUUAAGGGUCGUGGAUUUUGGAAGACAUACUGGUUGAUUGGAAAAGAGGGGUAUAACAAGUCUCUCCCACAUGCCAUGGCAGCCUCAAGCGAGCCUCCAGUGCAGACGCUUGAUGUGUUUUAUGCCAGUUGAUCAGAUUUGUGUCUAUAGAUUAUCAUGCUUGGUUCGGUAAAGGUGGUCUUAUAAUUUUUUAAUUCCUUCAAAAUUGCUUUGUUUAAGCUAACCAAAUUAGUAUAUGCAAUAGGACUCCAUGCUAUCCAAUUAAGAAAUAAUUGGACGAGGAAAAUUCC